GGCAAUGUCGCACUGGGCCGGUCUCCUCUCCACCGCUGCCAAAGUCAACCUGCUGCUCUGGGUGGUUGCUGCGGUGUUUGCCUGCUCGAGCCUCAGCGACAGAGUUCCCGAGUUUGCCCUUACAAAAAUAGAAGAGAGCGACAUAAAAGAUGACAGCGGGAAAGAGCCGGUAACAGAAGAUGAUGCUGAUCCCGAAGACCUGGAAGUGUUUUACCCCACACAUCAGUGGCAAACCAUCCGUCCAGGUCAAGCUGUUCCUGCAGGGUCACACGUACGGUUGAAUCUGCAGACCGGAGACAGAGAAGCCAGGCUCCCAGAUAGCGAAAAUGGAAAAAGUGACACGAGAGAAGAGAGAAGAAGAAAAAGGCUGGGCAAGGUGGAUGUUGACUCAAGUUCAUUCACAUCCGAGGAGCUCAAAAAAGCGUUGGCUAAAAUGAAGGAAAGUGAGAAAGCAGAAAGAAAGGCCCACGAGGAAGAGGUGAGGAAGAAGUUCCGGCCCAUCGAGCAGCUGAAGGAGGAGUUUGAAAAGCUGAACGUGAAGAUGGAAACAGAUUAUGAAAUUAUGGUUAAAUUAAUCGGAAAAUUCAACAGCUCUGCCUCCACACUGGAUGAAAAAGUAGCGGCACUUUAUGAUCUUGAAUAUUAUGUUCACCAGGUGGACAACGCCAAGGACUUCCUCGCCAUGGGCGGACUCCAGCUGAUGAUCAACGGGCUGAACAGCAGCGAGGCCGCGCUGAAGGAGCACGCUGCCUUCGUCCUGGGAGCCGCGCUGUCCAGGUAUUUUGGUGGCAUCUGUUCUGCCAGGGUUCCCGACUUCCAUGUUUUGUUAGAGAAGCAGCAGCUUCUUCAGGAUGUCUUCAUCAAGAGGAAAAAGCUUCCACCAGAUUUAACGAUUUUGAAUUAA